CCUGGUUCUCCUUGUCAGUUAACAUUAUCUGACACUAUUACUAAUAGUUUGUUCAGAAGAAAUACUUCAUUCUUUUAUUCCAGGAUAUGAGUCUUUCAAAACUGUAUUUUCUUUAUGUCUCAGAGGAAAGUGCUGAAAGGAGUGUUUUUUAUGCUGAAAAUGUCAUUUAUGUUAAAAGUGUCAUUUCAGAUCUGGGAAUAAACACUUUCCAUCUGAUUCAUCAUGCACAGUAUCAAUUCCUCUAACAUUGAGAUCACCACCUUCUUCCUGAUUGGAAUCCCAGGACUGGAACAUAUUCAUGCUUGGAUCUCUGUCCCCAUCUGCUUCAUGUACCUGGUGGCCAUCUUUGGCAACUGCACCAUCCUCUUUGUGAUCAGGACAGAGUCCUCACUCCAUGCACCCAUGUACUAUUUCCUUUCUGGGUUGGCUGUCUCUGACUUGGGCCUCUCCCUCUCAUCCCUCCCCACUAUGCUGAGGAUAUUUGUUUUCAAUGCUACAGGAAUUUCCCCAAAUGCCUGCUUUGCUCAAGAAUUCUUUAUCCACGGAUUUACAGAUAUGGAGUCCUCAGUGCUCCUGGCCAUGUCUUUUGACCGCUUUUUGGCCAUACGUCACCCUCUGAGAUAUAGCUCUAUCCUCACCAAUGCCAGAGUUGCCAAAAUGGGCCUGGUGUUUCUAAUUAAAAGCAUGCUCUUAGUCCUCCCAUUCCCUUUCACUCUCAAAAAAUUGACAUAUUGUAGGAAAAGCCUACUUUCUCACUCUUAUUGUCUACACCAGGAUGUCAUGAAGCUGGCCUGCUCUGACAACACAGUCAACUUUUUCUAUGGUUUCUUUGUUGCCCUCUGUAUGAUGUCAGACAGUGUGUUCAUUGUUGUGUCCUACAUAUUCAUCCUGAAGACAGUGAUGGGAAUUGGAUCCCAUAAGGAGCGGCUCAAGGCUCUCAACACCUGUGUCUCCCACAUCUGUGCUGUGCUCAUCUUCUAUGUGCCCAUCAUUGCUUUGGCCUCCAUGCACCGUUUUGGCAAGCACAAGUCCCCAGUGGCCAUGAUCCUCAUUGCGGACGUUUUCUUACUAGUACCACCUCUGGUGAAUCCCAUUGUAUACUGUGUGAAGACGCAGCAAAUUCGUGAGAAGGUUUGGGGGAAAUUAUGUCUAAAAUAAAGGUAUGGGGAAAAGUAAGGCAAGGUCAACCAAGAGUGGAGAAUUAAAUAAUAUAUCUCUAAGCAAAGUAUUAUAGAUGUUUAUUAUUAUCUCCCUUAAUCAUCCUUAUAAUCACUACAACACGUGGGCUGGGCACUGAGGUCUGUGAGCCUAGGACUGAUGCGGGCAUUGACAGGUGAGUAUGGAAUAGUUUUACAAUACUAUUAAAAUCAUGAAUCGAUAUACUGCUUUGGAAUUUUAGUUACACUGUU